UUUUCUUCUGACCCCCUCAGUUAGCAAUAGCAUAAGCAACCAACAGAGUGCCAUUUGGGGGCGCACACACACUCUGUUGUUCUAAUAAUCAAAGUAAUAUCAAAGUCCCCCCCACCCACCUUCCCUAUUUGAUCAUAGUGACUUCUUUUAUUAUGGCUGUUGACCUACACACUGGGGACUCUUAUCUCUUCCUCCUCCCUGAUAAGCAAGAACAACAUACUUUGCCACCACAUGACCUCAAUCACAACAACAACAACAACAACAUCAACGGCUCAGAUUUAAAGCCAAAAGUGCUGAUUCCCCACGAGUUUGGGUCGCAUAUAAAUCAAGUGGCUGAUUUUACUGAGGCACAGGGGAACGAUAAGGAGGACGAUCUCGUUGCCGAGCUGACUCGUCAGAUGGCUCACUUCAUGCUUCAAGAUGACCACAAAUUCGAUUUCUCAUGCAUUGGCUCUCAGAAUUUGGAAUCGCAAUGGGAUUCAAUUAGUUCGCUUCAAUCAACUCUCUGGUCACCUUUGGGCAAAAAUCAAAGGAGCCCUGAAGGGUCCUCUCAGGAAUCAUUGCCUUUGAACAACCAUGACUCUUGUUGGGAAAACACCAACAACGUGGUGGGUAUGUUUGAGAAGAUGAAGCUUGACGAAAGAGGCGAUUCUAAAUACCACCCUGGUUAUGGGAUUCAGAGCUUGGAAACCUCCAAUGUUGGAGUCUCUUCAUACCAAUCUCUAAUUCAGCAACAAAUUCGAGCUGAUCAAUUGUCACGGCUCAGGAAAGAGCAUAUUCUGUCUCUGAAGCAAAAACUCACCGCAUAUAGGGAAAAUCAUGUCAUGCUAUCACAGCAAUUUCAGAAGAAAGGUAAAGGGGUUGUUGAUGUUGGGUCCGUAAACGGACGGAGGAUUCGUCCACCGCGGCCUGCUCCUCCUCCGCCGAAGCAAGCUGGUUCGGAGAUGCUCCCGCUUUUCCUGGGUAAAUCCGGUUCAAGAGGCACACCUUGUGGGACCGGUGUUUUCUUGCCACGUGGCGGAACUAGUGCCCCAUCCGAGUCACGUAAGAGACCAGGUAAAGGUUGUUCCACUGUUCUUAUACCCGCUAGAGUAGUACAGGCUUUGCAACUCCACUUUGACCAAAUGGCUGCCACGUCUGGACCCAAAGCUGGUGGAUUCCCUCCCCUACAUGAUGUUUUAGUGAGUGACAGAGCUGGCAUGUAUUCACUACAGAAGCGCCAAUCACGGAAAAAACAGGCAAAUAUCGAAAGUGAGAUGAUUCUGCCUCAAGAGUGGACCUAUUGAAGCCUGACGCGCAUUUUGCAACUAUUUGUCUUUUUCAGUUUUAACACAAUCAUAAUAGCAAUGGAGAAAGAAAGAAAAGGUUGAAGAGGAAUAAAGAAAAUGAACACCCUAGUCCCUACUUCACAAUGGUUCAAUAUAUGGGGAAUUCUUUUAGAUGGACUGUACGACCAAUAGAUAGCAAUAAUAUGGAUUCAGAAUAUAUAUCUUUUUUGUAUUUUGCACCUCCCUUAGUUUGUUUUAAAGAAAACAAUAAAAUAUAUAUAUAUAUUGUAUAAAAGGGAACCGAUUUCGAUCUCUUCAUAUGAUCGAGCAAUUUAGAUGCUUAAUUAGCUAGGUGAUGAGUGUUUGACUGAUUCUAGGCUAAGGGUGUCUUUUAAAAUCCUUUGUAAUAAUAAUUCAGCUCAAAU